AGCGAUUUGGGGAUCGGGGAUCACGCUGGCGACAGCACAAUCGCCACCGUGCACCGAUAAAACACGUGGAAGAUCUUGCGGUCGGCCUUGCACACUUUUGGCGCCACAACUUACAAGCUUCCCGCGAGAAAAAGUUGCCCACCAUCAUCUCGCUCAUGCAUGUGGCGAAGUCCUCCGAAGCCAGCUGGGCCCUGCAGACUGGCUGGUCAGUGGUGUGGGGCCUGGGCCAACUUGUUGGCAUCUUUCAUUGUUCAGGCUUGACCUGCGUCAGAGGCUCUCAGAGCUUCGCCGGACUGGUGGGGUACUUUUUGGUGCUGAAGCUUUAGCAAUCUAAGGAGGACGCAUUUUGAGUGCUUCACACACCCUUUAGUGCUCGGGAAACCUGCUGGAUUGGAGUUGCGCAUUUGAUCGGAAUCAAAACUGUCGCAUUACCCGCAGGAGCAGUUCCUGCCGAUGUUAAGAGCUGUUACUUGCAUCCGAAACUGAGGGCACCUUGUUGGCCGGCUACAAGAAGCAACAAAACCCGUUAAGAGGACUCACCGUAAAAAGCCCCUCGCAAACUUUCAAAAGCAAGAUGCCAGGCCCUGACUAUGCAGAUGAAACAGAGAGGUGCAUAGUCUUCCUGAAAGGCUACCCUGCCGAUAUGCCUGAGGGCGACGAGCGGGCACACAAGUACUUGAAGCUCCUGCAAAAGGUGUCCAACCGACAAGAGACUACAGUGGAGAUCAGGCUGGACGAUGUUGCAGAUUUCAACGAGGAGGGCUUACUGGCCAGCAUCCAAAAGAACACUCGGCGGUACGCAUCACUCUUUGCUGAAGCGGUGGAUGCGGUCAUGCCUCCGCCCACUGGGGAUGCGGGAGAGGAGACGGUGUUUGAUGUCCUCAUGCGGCAGCGCCAACGAACAGGCGAGGGAGAGGAGGGCGCGGCUGCGCCAGCUGCAGACCCCGCACACAAGCUGCCUGACUCCAUGAGGAGAACAUUCGAGGUACGCAUUGUGCCCCUGACCAAGGCGCCAGUGAUGGCCAUCCGCGAGGUGAAGGCGGCGGACAUUGGCCACCUGGUUACCAUCAAGGGUAUCAUUACGCGCUGCACUGAUGUCAAGCCCCUCAUGGCCGUCGCCACAUACACUUGUGAUGAGUGCGGGUUCGAGAUCUACCAGGAGGUGACGGCGCGGCAGUUCAUGCCCAUCCACGAGUGCCCCAGUGUGCGCUGCCGGAGCAACAACGCCCGCGGCCAGCUGCAGCUCCAAACAAGGGGGUCCAAGUUUGUCAAGUUUCAGGAGGCGCGCAUUCAGGAGAUGUCGGACCAGGUGCCCAAGGGCCAUAUUCCCCGGACCAUGAGCGUCCACAUACGGGGAGAGCUCACGCGCAAGGUGGGACCAGGUGAUGUCGUGUCGGUGUCGGGCAUCUUUUUGCCGGUGCCGUACACCGGCUUCCGUGCCAUGCGGGCGGGGCUGGUGGCCGACACGUUCCUGGAGGCCACGUCCAUCCAGCACAUGAAGAAGCGCUACCAGGAGUACCAGCUGGACGAGGGGACGCAGGCGGAGGUGGAGGCGCUGGCCGAGGAGGGCGACGUUUAUGCGCGGCUGUCGCGCUCUAUUGCCCCCGAGAUCUACGGCCACGAGGACGUCAAGAAGGCGCUGCUGCUGCUGCUCGUGGGGGGAACCACCAAGCAGCUCAAGGACGGCAUGAAGAUCCGCGGCGACCUGCACGUGUGCCUGAUGGGCGACCCCGGUGUGGCCAAGAGCCAGCUGCUGAAGCAGAUCUGCAUGGUCGCGCCGCGCGCCGUCUACACCACCGGCAAGGGCUCCUCAGGCGUCGGCCUCACGGCGGCCGUCACCAGGGACCCCGUCACCAACGAAAUGGUCCUCGAGGGGGGGGCGCUGGUGUUGGCGGACAUGGGCAUUUGCUGCAUCGACGAGUUCGACAAGAUGGAGGAGAGCGACCGCACGGCCAUCCACGAGGUGAUGGAGCAGCAGACGGUGUCCAUCGCCAAAGCCGGCAUCACCACCACGCUCAACGCGCGCACCUCCGUCCUCGCAGCCGCCAACCCGGCAUGGGGCCGGUACGACCUGCGGCGGUCCCCUGCCGAGAACAUCAACCUGCCGCCCGCGCUACUGUCGCGCUUCGACCUGCUGUGGCUCAUCCUGGACCGCGCCGACAGCGACGCCGACCGCCGCCUCGCGGAGCACGUGCUGCACGUGCACCAGCACAGCAGGGCGCCCGACCUUGAAUUCCAGCCGCUCUCCGCGCACGUCCUCAGGGCGUACAUCUCCCUGGCGCGGCAGCACUCGCCGGUCAUCCCGCGCGAGCUGACGGAGUACAUCGCGGGCGCAUACGCGACGCUGCGGCAGGACGAGGCCGCCAGCGAGGCGCCCACGACGUACACCACCGCGCGGACGCUGCUCUCCACCAUCCGACUCGCGCAGGCGCUGGCGCGGCUGCGGUUCAGCGGCGCGGUGGCGCAGAGCGACGUGGACGAGGCGCUGCGGCUGAUGCAGAUGUCCAAGAUGAGCCUGCAGGAGGACGGCGCGCGGCGGCAGGGGCUGGACCCCGUGUCCGACAUCUACACCAUCCUGCGGGACGAGGCCAAGAAGCAGGACACCACACACGUCGCCUACACCGACGCGCUCAACUGGAUCACGCGCAAGGGCUACAACCAGCAGCAGCUGGAGGAGUGCUUGGAGGAGUAUGCCGCGCUGAACGUGUGGCAAGUAAACCCGACUUCGAAGGACGUCCACUUCACAGACACAGAUUGAUAGAUGGCGGGUUAAUCUAUAUGGAUGCCAGAGGAUCGUGUAAAUCGGUUUGUGUACCAGGAGGCAAACCCUAUAGGAAAGGAUGGGGCUGAUCUAUUGCGUCAGGUCUUUGCACGAGGGAGCAUUUUUAUUGCAUGAUUGAGUAUGAUACGAAUCAAACUGUGCAAUGCCUUCUUGCAAACAGUCAGUGGGAAAGAGGUGCGCUCUAUUCCGACCUGCAAUGAGGCUGUGGGCCGAAAUGUGUAUCAAUCACGUUAAAUUGGACCGAUCAAAACAAAGUUGCCAUACUUCUUUGUGGAGCCGUCUUGUACGUGUGGAGGAAUAGUUCAAACGUCA